CUUGCUUUGAGCUUCACGCCUCCUCCAGCAGUGUAUCAUCCCUCACUGAGAGCCUGCUCAACGUUUGCCUAGGAUUGUGGGCAGCCCUCUACUGGAGAGCUGGUCAGCUAUCAGGCCUGGUUAGCCACCAUGACUGAUGAGAAGACCUUCCGAAUCGGCUUCAUUGUGCUGGGCCUUUUCCUCCUAUCCCUCGGCACGUUCCUUAUGAGCCACGAUCGACCCCAGGUCUAUGGCACCUUCUACGCUAUGGGCAGCAUCAUGGUGAUCGGGGGCGUCAUCUGGAGCAUGUGCCAAUGCUAUCCUAAGAUCAGCUUUGUACCGGCAGACUCUGACUUUCAAGGCAUCUUGUCCCCAAAGACCCUGAGCCUGCUGGAGAACAGGCUUUCGGAGGUGAAGAGCCCCCAAGCCCCCUACGUCAGGCUGUGGGAAGAAGCCGCCUAUGACCAGAGCCUUCCAGACUUCACUCACAUCCAAAUGAAGGUCCUGGGCUACAGUGAGGAUCCCAGGCCCCUGCUGGCCCCUGAGCUGAAGACAGGAGUCAGCAGUGGUGGGGAAGGAGAGCCUCCUCAGACUGCUCAGGCCUGGAUGGAAGCUACGGUGGUCGUCCACAGGGGCGUGGAUGAGACUGAGGGAGAAAGACCCCAUACUCAGAGCAGUCCGCUGCUGGGGGUGGGGGGCCCUGCACCCCUGGCCUCCUUCCAAGAUGACCUGGACAUGGGUUCCAGUGAAGGCAGUAGCCCCCACCCGUCCCCACCCAACAGAGAUGAGCCACACCCACAGGUGCCGUGGGCCAGCAGGGGUCCACUGGAUCGCUUCAGUGACUUUGCCCUCAUUGAUGACACCCCCACAUCAGAGGACGUGGUCCUGGAGGGGCAGGUGCGGGAAGCAGCUCUGCCCAGCAAGCAGCGGCGGUCCCUGCGGGUGACGGAGGAGGAGACUGUCCAGACAAGUGCGGAGGAACCCGAGCAGGAGGAGGAAGACCUGUACUAUGGGCUACCAGACAGCCCUGGGGACCCCCUCCCCGACAAAGAGUUGGGCUUCGAGCCCGAUGUCCAGGGCUGAGAUGAAACUGCUUCUGAGUCUAGCCUGACAGUACUGCUCUCUUCAUGUGACCCCAUAAGGUCUCAGUUUUCCUCCCCCCAAAUGGGAUUGUAUGGCAGGUCAGGUGAGGCAGUGAGCUGAGGCAUCUUGGGAACUGAAAAGAACACACAUGGGAGGCGGCAAUCACCCCCCACCUCCAGUGAGUACAUGCUUCGGAUUGCAGCUUGUUCUGCUGACCUGCAGGUCAAGUGGGCUUUUCUGAGUGUUACAGCCAGACCCACUGAAGCCCUUUCCAUUUCCUAAUGCUGACCUCUAAUUGGGCCCUCUGUGGUGUUACCCAGGGCCUCUGCUCCUUCAUGGAGGCCUCUCAGGGCCCCAUGUCUACUGAGGUUUGGUCCUCUGAUGGGUGGUUUGACUCACCCCACUCAGAGCUGACGAGGUCUCCUGGCUCAGUCUCAUUAGCAGCUCCCCUGCUCUGGGUUCUGUGACCCUCUGUGGCUGACCUCUGCUGACCUAACCUGACCUCUAGGCACCUCUCUGGUCCCUCCUGUUCCUGCAGCUGCCGAUAGCUCGUGCCCAUGCCCAUGCCUAUGCCCAUGCCCAUGCCCAUGCUUGAGCUGUCUUUUUCCAUUGUGCCGGGCAAAUUCACUCAUUCCUAUAUCCCCGCCUAAGUGACCUUCUUCUGCCAGCUCUCCUGGCGUCCCAACUGCUAGGUGAGAAUGUUCUCUCUGGGGAGUGAGCAUCCAUUUCUGUGGCCUGUUGCUUGCCACUGCCCUGGGACAACUUCUUGGCCUCAUUCACCACACUUUGCAGGGGAUGUUGGGCAUGUGCAGAUCUCAGCAGAUCUGGGAACCUUUGCAGAUGAUGUCACCCUCCCCCUUUUGACAAGUAUGGCUCCUUAGUCUCUGGCACUCACUUUUCUAAAGGGCUUCUGGACAGUCACAAAACCAGGCAAAAAGCUGCCCGAAGAGCCCAGCAGCAGCUUGUGGAACAUGCUUUGCCCUGGCUUCAAGUGGGCAAAAUCCAGCUGCUGGGUUAAUUCCACUUGAUGUCUUUGGCAUUUCCUGAGCAUCUGCUGCUAUAUGCCAGGCAUUUAGCAUUGGAAAGAGACAUUGGUCCUUGACCCCCAAAGGGCUCACAAUCUCAUGAGCUUGCUGUCUUGUAAGUUGGGGACAAAGCAUGGAGCAGAAGCUGGGGUCACCCCAGCCUGCAAAUCUGGCAAAGCCCUCUGCUCUUAGCCCAGGGCAGAGGAAGCCACAGGGAGGAGGGUGCUGCUACCUCCUCCAGGCAGGUCCACACACUUAGAGCUGUCGUGAGACAUCUAGGAGCAUGACUCUGGUGAAGGUCGGAGGUCCCAGACAAGGAAAAGAGAUAGCACUGGUGCUGAGUGAGAAGACACCGUCACCCUCCUGCCUUCCGGGACAUUUCUACCUCUUCAGUAAAGAUGCCUCCACCAGGCACCUCCUCUCUGCUGAUAGAACCAGCCAUGGGCCAGGUGAAAUGGAGCAGGCUGCUGUGUACUGCUGGCCCAGGCAGGGAUGUCUGUGACCCACAUCAGACAGAGCUGAGCCAGC